UAUGCUUUAAUAUUUAAAUAUAAAAGAGAUGAUUCUGUUAAUCUCAAAAGUUGCACCACAAAUUAAAUCAUAUGCCUUCUAGGAUAUAUAUCACAGAAAAUAUAAAGGACUUCCUACAUAUUUUGGCUAUAACCUUUAUAAUCUAUAAGGAAAAACUGAAAUGGACAAGCGGUCAUCAGGUUUGGAUAUACACGGGAUUCCAUUGAAGAACAAAACCAAAGUCACCAUGUUUAUAUUGACAGGCUUCACAGAUGAUUUUGGGCUGCAAGUCUUCCUAUUUUUACUAUUUCUUGCAAUCUAUCUGUUUACUUUAAUAGGCAAUUUAGGGCUGGUUGUAUUGGUCAUUGAGGAUUCCCGGCUCCACAACCCCAUGUACUAUUUUCUUAGUGUUUUAUCGUUCUUGGAUGUCUGCUAUUCUACAGUUGUCACUCCAAAAAUGUUGGUCAAUUUCCUGGCAAAAAAUAAAUCCAUUUCAUUUAUUGGAUGUGCAGCACAGAUGCUUCUUUUUGUUGCUUUUGGAACCACAGAAUGCUUUCUCUUGGCUGCAAUGGCUUAUGAUCGCUAUGUAGCCAUCUACAACCCGCUCCUGUAUUCAGUGAGCAUGUCACCCAGAGUCUACGUACCACUCAUCACUGCUUCCUAUCUUGCUGGCAUUUUACAUGCUACUAUACAUACAGUGGCUACAUUUAGCCUGUCCUUCUGUGGAUCCAAUGAAAUUCAGCAUGUCUUUUGUGAUAUGCCUCCUCUCCUUGCUAUUUCUUGUUCUGACACUCACAUAAACCAGCUUCUACUCUUCUACUUUGUGGGCUUUAUUGAGAUAGUCACUAUCCUGAUUGUCCUGAUCUCCUAUGGUUUCAUUCUGUUGGCCAUUCUGAAGAUGCAUUCUGCUGAGGGAAGGCAUAAGGUGUUCUCUACAUGUGGCUCUCACCUAACUGGAGUGACAAUUUAUCAUGGAACAAUUCUCUUCAGUUAUAUGAGACCAAGUUCUAGUUAUGCUUCAGACCAUGACAUGAUAGUGUCAAUAUUUUACACUAUUGUGAUUCCCAUGCUGAAUCCCAUCAUCUACAGUUUGAGGAACAAAGAUGUAAAGUGGGCAAUCAAAAGAUUGCUUGUGAGAAACUGGUUCUUACAUAAAUUACAUCUGUAAAAUUGAGUAAACCUGAACAAAAUGUUGAGUGUCAGAGUCCACAUCUCCAUAUUUUAAAGUACUUGCAUAUCAAAGAAUAUUUUCAAAAAGGCAUUAAUUAGCCUACCAAUGCAGCAUUUUUUUCAAAUUUAGAUAAACUGCAUCAUAUACAUGCUAAUUAAUUUGUUUAGAGAUCUAUAUUAAGUAUUAUUUGAUACAAAGAUAUUGCUGUUGACAGCGUUCACACUAAGUAAAAGUCAGUUAUACAUCAGUAACUAGUAAGUGAAUCCUGCAGAAUCUUGUGAACUGAUAAAUGCUUACAUUGCUUAUAAAAGGUUUUUAGUAUUCAUUGUGGAGUAACUUCCUCUUUCUAUAAGCCCUAAGAAGAAAUUCCCAAAUUUUACUUUAUUUUCCCUAAGUGUGCCUUCAUAAACUGAGAUCUAUUCAAGCUUCUAAACAUGCCUUUUACUGUGUUUACAUCUACACCAUACAUUUUUUUCCAGUCUUAAAUGCUUUCCUUGUCCCUUUUCAAACACUGAAAUUGAUUGUAUUCAUUCUGAAACUAUACGUGUUCUAUAUGCUAAUAUUUAUUGAGAGUGUUCUGAAGGCUCAGAAAACACUGUACCCCAGAAAUGAAACUACGAUGUAUGUGUAAAUGACUGCUCUAAGGUCUGACAAACUAGCAUCCUUUCUCACUUUGUAGUCCUCCAUUAUCCUCUAUCUACUCUAUUUAUGAGAAAUGACUGCAAUGUCAUUCUUCCUCAAAGUUUGCACAUAGUGAGCAAGCCCACGGAAUGGAAAUUAUUUUGUUUUAUGUCUACUCACAUUGGCUCUACUUUACAUACUCUGCUUUAGUAAGUUUUGUUACAACAUUUGUUUAUCCAAAGAUUCAUUAAAAGUGGAAAUUGUCUUUUCAAUAAAAUACGCACUUGUCCUUCCACAUAUUUAUUAUGUGAAUAAUAAUGAUCCAAUCAUAACAUAGUAACCAUCCUGAAAAUUUCAGACAUCAGUUUCUAAUAUUCACUAAUUAAUUAUGUAAAAAGAACCCAACCCUCUCUAUUUGAACAAGCAAAUGCUUGCAGUCAAUAUCUGUACUAAAUUUCCUCUUAAAGAAAUAAAACUAUUUUUAGAAACAAAACACUGAUUACACUGUAGACAAAAUUUUCUUAUAAAAAUAAGCUAUUUGAACAUACAGAAUCUUAAAAUUUAGUUUUCUGGUCUUUUGAGGAGAAUGUUCUGGAAGAAAAUAAUAUCUGCUUCAAAAAUGUAUCUAAAUAGCUUACUCACAAAGUUUAAAAUUUCUGCAGAAUUCCAGCAUCAUUAAUCUUUUUGGAGGGUUUUUCAAAUUAUGGUGUCAAAAUAGUUAGGUAACACUUUAGUUAAGGUUGCUAUUUUUUUUUUUUUUUUUUUUCUCUUUCAAAUUAACAAAAAUGGUCAUUCUUUGAGAAAGAAAUAGGUGAGCACUAGGUAAAAUGAUGCACUGACAUAUGCCUAAAAAUAUCUGGUUAGUAAUUCAUUCAACAAAUUCAUUCAGAACUUGUCAAAUUAACCAGCAUGAAAAGUUUUCUAUUUCUCUCUUUAUCUUAAUCAAUUAGAAAAAAAAUGAUGUGAAUAAGCAGUUGCCAAUGACCUGCCAUUUGUUCAGGUCAAUGUGAAAAAUGGUAUAUUUAACUCUUCUGUCAAUAAAACAUUAUAUUACACAUCUGAGCUCAAUUACCUUUCCCUCCAAAAGAAUUAUUUGACUCAGUCUGACCCCAUAGAGCCUCUCUCACUUAUCACAGUUGCCAUUUAGCACGCGGUUUAUACUAUCCAGAUCUACCAUGAUGCUGACAUUGUAACUGGCAUAAAAGAAGACAUCGGGCCUCUGUGUCCUCAAAAUUGUAUCCCUGAGUCCUAAAAGAGUACCUGGAACUUAUGAUUUACUGAGAAAAUAUUUAUUAAAUAAAUAGUGAGUACAUGAAUGAAUUAUAUUUAAUACCAAUAAUUAACACAUAUGCUUAUUGGGUACUGGACAAUCAUAUGAAUGUUUUUACUACAUUAACUUAUGUAAUUAUCAUAACUUCAGGAAGUGAUUGUAGUAAUACCUUUUAACAAAGUUGAGGAAACAGCAGCACAUAAAUUUUAAGUAAUUUGUUCAAUACCACAUAGCUCUAAAGGAUGAUGUCAAGAUUCACGUCUAAGCUGUCUAUUACAGGGUUCCUGUUUUUAAGCUUGUUAUACAUGGAAUGAAAGAACAGAUUUAUCUUUCCACUUUGCCAACUUUAUUAGUCAUCCUCCAGAGAGCAUGACGGACAGUACUGAAGUUCUUCCUUAAGUCUGUGGCAGAAAUAAGAAGGAAAAGGAAUGUAUUUUAAAAGUUUUGGAAAUGUGGUUUCCACUGGAUUUGGCCACUCAUUCCAUUCAUUGAGAUGUAGAAGUUUCAAGAAAUCAGUAUGUCAAAGAGGUAUCUGCACUCUAAUGUUUAUGGCAGCAUUAUUUGCGGUAUGCAAGAUAUGGAAUAAGCCUAAAUCCCUAUCUACAAAUGAAUACAUAAAGAAAGUGUCACCUCCUCCGCACCACACACACAGUGGAAUA